CGGGGGAAAGCCAUUUCCGUAAGCGGCAUAGCGCCGCCCUAUUACCCGCCUCCGCCGUGGCUGGGGCUCUCGAACUCAGUCACGACAUCUCUUCUCCACGGCUCCCCCCCGCCCAAGCCUAAGCACCGUUUCUCUUUCGCAUACUGAGCCGCAUUGUGCUAUGGUUGCUCGACCUUGGCUACACUCUCCUUCGCUUCGUCGAAAAGGCCUUCUGCCCUGGAAGUUUCAGCCCGACAUUGUCUGCGACGCCCGCUUUCCAUUUGGUCUCCCACUAAAGCGUGUCUUUUCUUAUUCCGCGUCUUUCGUAGAUCAGACUUGCUGAGCGGAAAUGGAGCUCCGAUCCCCGGGGUCCAUUAAACGCACCGAGAAGGCCGCUGGUGGACGGGAUGCGGCAGGGCAGGAGCCCAUGAAGCCCCGCCAGCCCUUGACGGCAGAUGGUGCUCUAGCGGACACGGCCAAUGAUAAUCACCAGAUCAACGGUUUAGGACAUCUUGCUCGGAUUGACGAGCAUGAGCUCCAAAGGAAGCGGAAAGCGAUGCAGUUGCAACUCCGUGACUUACGGAUGGCGAUUGGGGCAUCUCGCUGGCCCAAGGUGGAACAGACGAAGGAUGCGCCAUCCUGGGGCGCCUUCUACCCUGGAAAAGUUCUGGUUGGACGGCACCGUGGUCAACCCGUCUGGGCUUUUCUGAUCAAGGCCACGGAAAGAGGCGAAACAAAAGUCUGCUACUGUAGCGAUGACGGCCUGACACUGACAUCCUCGGCGCCAGGCUCGGUCUUAUCCUGGAACAUCUCCUUCAAGCCGUGGUGCGUCCUCAUCGUGGAGCCAAGUGUUGAUCCUGUUGGCUGCGUGGGUGCGUGGUCAGACCGCGCAAAGACGGUAAUAAAACUUGCUCUGCUUGAUGCAGGGCAUUAUGAUGGCUCUUCGACCCGAUAUGACAAAAAUUUUACCACCCUCUUGAAUAUUAUACGUCGGAAUCCCAUGUCCAUGGAAGAUUCAGCGAAGGCUCCAAGCACUGACGCGACUCCGGGAAAGGAACGACCCCAGUCAGCCCCGUCCGAGCGACACCAACCCUCUCCUGUGUCCGGCGUCCGAGACCAUGCAGCUGCGUCCACCCCGCCUCUGGCCGCUGUGGACUCCGAGGACACCCAACCAGCCACAUCAGCGGAGCAUGGCGGCGCAACAGAAGCACAUUUUGCCAAUGUAGCGAGUGACUGCAUCGCAAAACUCAAGACCGUUAUCCCGUCGCGCUUCUGGUUCAAGGUCUACGCGUCGGAAGACCACAAAGGAAUUGACGCCGAUCCCUUCACAGGCGGUAAAGUGCUUCUCGGACGUACUAACGUUUGCUCGCCAAAACUACCCGUAUGGGCGUCUUUCACAACAGGCAUAUGCAUGGUAUACUACUUGGAUGAUCAAAAGCGAGCCCGACAACAUCCGGACGGCCUCGAUGGCCCGAUCAAUUUCGAACCUAUCUUCCAUCUUCUAACGGACGAAGACCAUACAGUACUAGCCAGGCGCCACCGGGCCGCGAUGAUCAGUGUCCUAGUUCGUCUCGCGCUGGUAGACGCUGGAUGGCUCACCGUUCCUGCUGCGAAACUCGAUGGGCCAAUCUCACUAAGCUUGGUAUUGGAUGUGGUCCAGAAGAAUUUGGCAAAUGGAGGAUUGCAACGAUUGGAAGCCGCAGAGGGGGAGACCGCGCUACAACCUCAAACCAGGGAACCUCCAUCGGCUACUCAGACGUCAACGCUUGAUGCCCACCGGCCGGAAGGAGCCGCUCAACCGGACCCCGGAGCUCCCGCGGCUACAGGCCCUACUUCACUAGGUGGUGCGGGCUCCCAUGCUCCUGGUGGCGGAGUCAACCAUAAUGCUACAGGGUCUCGAUCGAACGAAGUCAUCAAUAUGCGCAUUAGGAGUCUUUCUCCUGACCCAUCAGCAUCAGCACCGAGCUUCGGGACUCCUCAUGCUUCAGGGAUAGCACAAGGUCAAAAACAGACUCCAGAACGUGUGAACGAAGAAGAGCACCCAGUUCUUCGUUCUUCUCCUGACCGGAGCAUCCGGCGAAAGAGUCCUUCGGUCAUGCUUCCAUCAAAACGACCUCACGAUACCGCACCAUCCGAGGAAAAAGAUAGCUCACCGUCCGAUCACAGAAGCAAGAGAAAUUGCUCGGUUCUUCAAGAGACCGAAGGCAGCGCAACGACAAGCCCCACGAAGAGCACGGGUACUGAAGCCGCUGGCAGUAAAUCCUCCGAGCGCCAUUCGACCAUCGAGCCGCGUGACAAGAGAAAAGAAGCCGGCGAGAAAUUCAGACAGCAAAACAAGCGGCUCAUAGCAGACGUGAAGACCCUCACAAAAGUAAAAGAUGACCUCGAGAGCCAACUACUAGAUACGGCAACCGAGCUCGACAACGCUGAAAUUGAGAACUUCGAGCUAAAAAUGCAACUUCAAAGCGCCAACAAAGAGAGUCAAGAUCUGAGGAAGAGCUUAAGCGAGCUUGAGACGAAGCAUAAUGUGCUUAAUGUACGGCUUAUCAAAGCAGAGGCGGAGAAGCAGAUGCAGAAGGCCGAAAUCGACGAGCUCAACGCCAAACUCGAACGCCGUAAAGAGCUUUCCUCCAUGUCCCUCGAUCUGCAAAGCAAUCUGAGAAAGAUGCACCGGGACUUAGAGGCCAGCGGUCUCGCCUACGCGGUGAAGUGCCUGGAAGUCGACUUGAUAGAGAAGGGCGAGACUGAAGAGGCGGCCAAGGAGCGCUCGAGGCGCGACUGUGAUAAGAUAUUCGAAGAGGACGAUGGAGGCAGUGUAGAUCUUGAUUUAGUAUAUGGCGAUUGAAUAAUGUCUUCGGCCACGAGCAAGGUGGAGGAAGGUUCACGGUACCAACGAUGUGGGAAGCUUACUCGGCUGUAGGUGUAAUGGAGUACGACGCUAGUAGAGCUUAGGCUCGAAAGGCACGUUAUUUCGGCUCUGUUGGGUACUACCCCUUAUUAAUAUCAUGGUUGGAUAAG